CUAAUGCUUUUACCAUUGGUAGCUAAUUUUUAGUCGUAGAAUUAACCGUUGUCUAUAGCUGCAUGGCUAUAUGCCAAAUUUCAUUGCAGCAAAUGCUAUAGUCCAUAGCAUUAGAGUUGAAGUAGAUGCAACACAAUAGACUACACUAUGGUGAUAGAGAGAAAGAACAUAAAAAUGUGGUAUUACAAUUCUAGCAAAACGGGAACAUUAUAGAUAUCAUAUGUGGCAAACAUAAAUAAUGAAGUCAAAUAGAUAUAGAAAUUCUUCGUUCAAAGUUCUGUUAUGGCUGUUGUAUUUUGCGCAUAGUGGAUAUGGAAAAUGUGAUUUAAGGAAAUCUGGAGCUAACAUGAACGCAACAACUUGCCUAAAUGCAUUAUUACGUAAUUACGACAAAAGAAUCCGACCAUCUAUUUUUGAAAAAACCACUGUUGUAAAUGUGGACAUUCUUAUUGCAAAUUUCUGGACGAUUGAAGAAGCUAAUAUGGAUUUCACUGUAGAUUUUUAUCUCCGUCAAUAUUGGACAGAUGAGCGUUUGGCAUUUCAAUCAGACGAUAAAAACCAGAAGUUAACAUUAACCAGUGACAUCUGGAAAGAAAUAUGGAUUCCAAGCACAUAUUUUAUUGGUAGCAAAAAAGCAUACUUUCACGAUGUCACAACAGACAAUUACUUAUUACAAAUCAAUGUAAAUGGAUCAAUUUUCUUUAGUAUGAGGGUAACCGUUACCACAUCGUGUCGUUUACGAUUUCAUAAUUAUCCUCAUGACAAGCAAACUUGUGCAUUGAAUUUGGAAAGUUACGGCUACAAACUAGAAGAUGCAGUCUACUUUUGGAACAGAAGAAUGGAUAACACAUCUGAAGUUGUCAUUCCUAGAGAUCUUAGCUUCUUACAAUACGAAAUGAUAGACCUUGUCCUUACUGAAAAGAAUAACACGUACAAUUCUGGCAAUUUUUCCUCUCUCAAAGUAACAUUUCACUUAAAGCGUAGAAUAGGAUUUUUCAUAAUCGAGACAUACAUCCCAUCAUGCAUCAUUGUUGCACUAAGUUGGAUCUCGUUUUGGAUACCACCUGACUCGGUUCCAGCUCGUGUCGCACUAGGGAUCACAACAGCGCUAACAAUGGUAACGAUAAGCGGAAAUGCAAGAGCAGAGUUACCACGCGUUAGUUACGUAAAGGCAAUUGACUGGUACUUACUGACAUGCUUGCUAUUUGUGUUUGGGGCAAUGUUGGAGUAUACACUCGUGAAUAUUUGUAAGUGAAAAACAGAAAAUUUGAGAAGAGAAAAAAAUUUGAACAUGUGGAAACUGGUACGUACAAUAUAGAAAAGUUGGAACUUGAUAGUGAUUGGCUAGAUUCUAAAGAGGACAAUAAUGCAAAGCCCAAUGGCAACAGCUUGAUGAAGAAUCUCCUUGAUCAUGAAUGCUACAGAUUGGAUUAUUUUCUUUCAUCUCGACACAAGCUCGAAUAGCUCGAUUCAACUUCUGUUCCAUUUCAGCAUCACCUCUCUGUACAGCACCAAAAUCCAGAUCAGUUGAAUUAUCACCUUGUAUUUGUAUGGAUGACGCAGAACCACCACCAACACCAAUACGGUAGAUAGGACCACCAAUUUUAACAACACUCAUACCUAAAAAGAGGAGAUUACAUUGUACAUUUGUUCUGUAGAUCUAGCGUUAACAGUAUAUUUUAAAUUAACUUGCAAAUAAUCACAGUCUUAAACGUAUCUCAAGCGUCUUUUGUGUAUAUUUGUAUUGUAUAAAAAACAAUGUAUGUCCUUAAAACAAA